AUUCGUGACCGAUGCUUGUGCGCGGCUCGGCGUAGGUCCGUCCCUCGCACGUCACGUUACUGACUGCGGACGGGGGGAGCCGCAGGACUGCGUACAGCAUCUGACAAUGAACCGAGACGGGGAAAUGAAGAGAAAACCGCACAGGCGCUAUACAACAAGGGGGGCGACUGAUAAAUAAAGGCACCGUGCCUGCGUCUUCGGAUUACACUUCUCUGUUUUCUGCUGUUAUUCUCGGCGAGAUGGGCUCUCAGGUGGUGCAAACUCUGCGACAGGGAGUAUGGGCAUCCCUGACGGGCGGGUGGUACCAUGACCCGGAGCAGAACAAAUUCAAUAACUCGUGUCACCUCUAUUUGUGGAUGUUUCUGCUUGUACUGCCGCUGUCGCUGCAUCUGGCGCUCCCCCCCACGACACUGGCCCUCAGCAUUUACUGUACCAUAGUGAUGGUCUUCUUCGUCCUCAUAAAGAUGGUGAAUUAUCGACUGCACCUCAUGUUUGAUAAGGGAGACAUGGUGGCCCAGGGAAGCCUUUCGGAUCUCAGCAAGGGUGCAGAGAAGAAGGUCCGAGCCUCUGACUCCUGUCUCUCACCAAGCCUUAGGAAGAGCAGCACUGUCCCCGACAGCGUCGCCAUGACGCUGCUGACCAGGAACCGACCAAGUCCAAUCAUCCAAGUCACAGUCAAACAGACGGAGACAGACCCGGGAUUGAUUGGGGUGGAGGUCCCAAGGUCAGAAGUCACAAAGAGCAAUGAAGCCUCAAUUGAGAAGUCAGCAGGGAAGUUCUCACCUGAGGAAAGACCCACAUCUGAAGUGUCACAGGGGCAGCAGGCAGAUACAUCUGAUAAGCCUCUAACCGUGGAGCAGAAACCAACCCCAGACCGGGAUACUGCAGACGAGGGGCUGCCCCCUUUCAAAGGCAGCGACGAGGAAUCCGAGGUGGAGAAGCAGACCCAGGAUGCUGACGUAGGUGUUCCGGAAUGUACCGGUGAGCUGGAGGAGGCCGGGUCCCCGCAGGAUGGUGUACCGGAGGAGAACUACUGCUCAGACGAGAUCGCUGUGGUCCUGGUGGAUAACUCCAGCCCGUCAGCCUGUCUGGAUGAGAACGACACCGUGAAGAUUGUCAUCACCAUGAGCUGUGAUGCCCAGACGGCCGCUGAGCUAGAGGAGUCUGUCAAGCUCCGUCUCCUGGAGUCGGUACAGGAGCAGAGGGGCGACGGCCCUGUCAAGAUACCCGUCAUCACCUUCGACUCACCUGAGGAUGACAGGUCGGCCGUCGAGGAGGAGGGCCUGCCUGACCCCAUAUCUGAUGAUGCUGCCUGUCAGCUUGAAGAGCAGGUAGGGUCUGACUUGGUGGCACAGGACAGCAAGGAGAAUGAGGACCUCGACCUGCUAGAGCUACCCAGCCCACAGCUGACCAAUGACAACAGUUCCUCCGGCAUCGAUAUCAGGUCCCAUCCAGACGAGGGCGACCUGCCUGAGCUAAAGACGGACAGCGAUGGCCUUCUGCAGAUCCCCACUGAAGGGCACCAUAGCACAGGGACGAGGUUACAAACAAGGGGUAUGAGCAUCGACAGUGGCACAGAUGCCGCCCUGGAAGCAGAUAGAGACAAGAUCCACACAAUGACAUCCUCCAAGUCUGACCUGGAGGCCAAGGAGGGCCAGAUGCCCAAUGAAUCCAACUUUGUGGAGUUUGUGUCACUGUUAGAAUCCAUCAACAGCAUUAGAGGAGGCAAUGGAAACCCCCCCGAAGAGGAGACCGAGGACGCUGGGAAGGCCACAGACGAUGAAGACAGCGUGAUGGGCACUAAAAACAAUGAGGACACAGAGACUGAGGGACAGAAGGAGCAGCCCCAUCCUCCCAACAGCUUGGCCACAUCUGACAUGAGCCAAACCGCACCAGAAAAACAGAUUCCCAUCGUGUCCCCAGACAGCCCUCAGACGGACAAGGACAAGGAUCCGGACUACGAUUCCCUACCUUCCCAGACGUCCCAGUCGGAAAGCUCCAUGCUGCAGGUUAUUUGCAGGCCAGAAGCCACAUCCAAGGAAGAAGCAUACACCUUCCACACGGUUCACCGAGAACGACCUCGCAAGCUGUAUGCCGAGAGAGCACUGAAUCUGCCCCUCGGGGCAGAACUCAUUACCGGAAACAUCUGCGAUCUCCUGUCGACAUCGUCUAACUCCGAGGGCCAGGAUGGGAUCGUCGGGCCUCACACGGAGUGCCCCUUCCAGCGCCACAUCAUCCCCGCCCAUCGGCUCCGGCCCAGGAGAACACAUCCCGAAAUAUUCCAGGAAGAGGACUCACUGGAUGAAUCCUCAGAAACCUCCACUCAGGUGAAGCCCUCACACAAGCUGUACUACAAGCUGAAGGUUUUUCCUGGAAAGUGGAUCAAUAUUCUAUAUGAUCGCCUCACCCUGCUAGCAUUGUUGGACAGGAACCAGGAUGUAGGGGAGAACUUGGUGUCUGUGUCUCUGGCUGUCCUAGUGGCUUUUCUUGGAUUCAUCCUGUUGAACCAAGGUUGCUUCAAAGACAUUUGGGUCUUCCAGUUCUGUCUUGUGAUUGCAAGCUGCCAGUACUCCUUGCUGAAGAGUGUCCAGCCAGAUGCUGCUUCACCUACCCAUGGGCACAAUCCCAUGGUGGCGUACAGCAGAGCGGCUUACUUCUGCAUGGUCUGUGGCCUCAUUUGGCUGUUGGAGGUGCUGCUGAAGACGCAGAACAUUCCAGUGGCCGCAGUAUACGGCGUAAUCAUCGUACCGUCUGACACCCUUAUGUUUGUAAGAGAUAUUUUGAUAGGUUUCAUGUGCUGCUUCCCGGUCAUAUUUCUCGUCGGGCUGCUCCCCCAAAUGAACACCUUUGUGAUUUACCUGCUGGAGCAGAUUGACAUGCACUUCUUCGGUGGGACAGCUGCCACGGGGCUGUCCUCGGCCAUCUACGGCCUGCUGAGGAGCCUUGCUGUGGUGUCCAUGCUUUAUGGAUUCUGCUUCGGCGCCCUGAAGGAACCAUGGAAUGAGCAGCAUAUCCCGGCCCUCUUCUCCGGAUUCUGUGGCCUCCUGGUGGUCUUCUCCUAUCACCUGAGUCGGCAAAGCAGUGACCCUUCUGUUCUCAUGUCUUUGAUCAAAGCCAAGUUGGUGCCUGCCCUGGGAAGUAGGACCGAGGAUGACACCCCACCUUCUGAGGACUGUGAAGACCCCCUUCCUGAGAAGCUGAGGAAUUCAGUAAAGGAGAUUCUGCACUCGGACUUCAUCGUGUGCACCAUGGCUUGCGUGUUGACGUUCGCCAUCACGUCCAGCACCGUCUUCCUGUCCCUGAAACCCUUUGUGGCCAUAGUGCUGUACGCCUUAGCAGGGACGGUAGGGUUUGUCACCCACUACCUGAUCCCUCAGCUGCGGAAGCACCAUCCUUGGCUAUGGAUCUCACACCCGGUUCUCAAGAGCAAGGAGUACUCCCAGUUUGAGCCCCGAGACGACGCCCACCUGAUGUGGUUCGAGCGCCUCUACACGUGCCUUUUGUGUUUCGAGAAGUACAUCAUCUACCCGGCCAUCGUGCUCAGCGCCCUGACCAACGACGGCUUCUCGCUCAGCCACCGCGAGCGCCUGGGAAUCCACUGUGAUGUCUUCUUGAUGACAGUUGCUGGGAUGAAGCUCCUUCGCUCUGCCUUCUGCAAUCCCAGCUACCAGUUCGUCACUCUUACCUUCACCAUUGUCUUCUUCGAGUUCGACUGCAGCGGGGCCUCCCAGACCUUCUUGCUCGACUUUUUCUUCAUGUCCAUAGUCUUCCACAAGCUCUGGGAACUUCUCUACAAGCUCCACUUCAUUCUGGUGUACAUCGCCCCCUGGCAGAUUGCGUGGGGUAGCGCUUUCCACGCCUUCGCUCAGCCCUUCGCCGUUCCCCACUCGGCCAUGCUGCUACUGCAGACGGUGGUCACUACGGUCUUCUACACGCCCCUCAGCCCCUUCCUGGGCAGUGCCAUCUUCAUGACAUCCUACCCCCGGCCGGUGAAGUUCUGGGAGAGGAACUACAACACCAAACGCAUUGACAACUCCAACAGCAGGCUGGCGUCUCAAGUGGACAAAGACUCAGGCUGCGACGACAACAACCUGAACUCCAUCUUCUACGAGUACCUGACGCGCUCGCUGCAGCACAGCCUGUGCGGCGACCUGCUCCUCGGCCGCUGGGGCAACUACAGCUCGGGCGACUGCUUCAUCCUGGCCUCUGACUACCUCAACGCGCUGGUGCACCUCAUCGAGGUCGGCAAUGGCCUUGUCACCUUCCAGCUGCGGGGUCUCGAAUUCAGAGGUACGUACUGCCAGCAGCGGGAGGUGGAGGCCAUCACGGAGGGCGUGGAGGAUGAUGAGGGCUGCUGUUGCUGCGAGCCGGGACACCUGCCUCACGUGCUGUCCUGCAACGCGGCCUUCGGCCUGCGCUGGCUGGCCUGGGAGGUGACCACCACUAAGUACCUGCUGGAGGGCUACAGUAUCAGCGAGAACAACGCCGCCACCAUGCUGCAGGUGUACGACCUGCGCAAGCUGCUCGUCACCUACUACCUGAAGAGCAUCAUCUACUACCUGAUCCACUCUCCAAAACUACGUGAUUGGCUGAAGGAAGCGUCCAUCAAAGAGGCCCUGCAGCCCUACACCAAGUGGCACCACAUCGAGCGGGACCCAGCCGUGUUCAGCGUCAAGAUCGACGAGGACUAUGUGCACUGCCUGCAGGGCGUCACACGGGCCAGCUACUGCAAUGUCUACCUCGAGUGGAUCCAGUACUGCGCUAACAAGCAGGACGAGCCUGUGGAUUGCGAUGAGGACUCCAUCCUGGUGACGCUGUGCUUUGCCCUGUCGGUGCUGGGGAGACGCUCGCUAGGGACGGCGUCCCACAACAUGUCCAACAGCCUGGAGUCCUUCCUGUACGGCUUCAACGCGCUCUUCAAGGGCGACUUCCGCAUCUCCUCCAGGGAUGAGUGGGUGUUUGUUGACAUGGACCUGCUCCAGAAGGUGGUGGCACCAGGCAUCCGCAUGAGCCUGAAGCUCCACCAGGACCACUUCACCUGCCUGGAGGAAACUGAAGAGCCGGCCGUCUUGUACGAGGCCAUCCACAGCUACGAGGGCGGCCUGGUCAUCUGUCACGAAGGCGACCCUGCGUGGCGGGGGGCGGUGCUGAUGGGCCGCGACGCCCUGCUGACGCUGCGCCACACCGUGGAGGAAGGCACAGACGAGUACAAGAUCAUCAUGCUCUACAAACGCUACCUCAGCUUCAAGGUCAUCAAGAUCAACAAGGAGUGCGUGAGAGGCCUGUGGGCCGGCCAGCAGCAGGAGCUUGUAUUCCUGCGUAACCGCAACCCGGAACGCGGAAGCAUCCAGAACUCCAAGCAGGCCCUGCGCAAUAUGAUCAACUCAUCAUGCGACCAACCCCUAGGCUAUCCCAUGUAUGUGUCCCCGCUGACCACCUCCUACAUGGGCACCCACAGCCAGCUCCGGAACCUGUGGGGGGGGCCCGUCAGUCUGGAAAACAUCAGAGCUUGGCUGCUGUCCAGGUGGAUGCGGGUGAGGAAGGACAACCUGACCAGCUGUAACAGCGGAGUCAACAUGGAGGACGUAGACUGCGGGGGGGGCUCGUCCUCCCUGAGCCAGAACCCCAACUCCGUCACAUCCCAGAGCUUGAGCCAGGGCCCCGCGAGGCCACGCAGCGGUCAGGCCGGCCGGCAGCAUGGUGCAGGCAGAAGAGAGUACCGCAGCCGGUCAGUCCAGCCCCAGCCCCAGCGGCCCCCUGUCACCAGCCAAUCAGGACCCAUCUUGGACAGCCAGCAGGUGUCCAACUCCAGUCAGGGGCUGGUGCAGCGCCUGUCAAACAGCCAACUGUCCUUCAACACCUCCAUCGCCUCCAUCUUCUCCCAGGUGCCUCGGCUCUCUGCCGCCGGCCAGCUGAGCUCCCAGUUCCAGGCGGCCGCCCACCACCGCUCCAGCCAGGCCUCGUCCUCCAGUUCCACCCUUAGCCUCCUCUUUGGCAAGCGCAGCUUCUCCAGCGGCCUGGUCAUCUCUGGCCUGUCAGCUGCCGAGGGGGGCAACACCACCGACACGCAGUCGUCCAGCAGCGUCAACAUCGCCAUCGGCCCCUCGGGCCGGUCUGGUAGCCGGGCCACACAGUGGACGUCAGAGGCUUACGAAAGCCUAGAUGUCACCCAGGCCCACAUGGGCAGCGGGUCCAAGGACAGCUCCAUGCCCAGCGAUAAGGGCUACGGUCCUGGGGGAGACAAGAGCCAGGAAGAAUUCGUGGCGUCGGCAGUGCGUGGAAUGGCGGCGCAGAAGACGGUAUGAGGCCAGGAGGAACAGUGUCACGCCUCAGCAUUACCGCGAAAGCCCUGGACUCCACUGCCGGAAUGUUCUGGUGAAAUAUCAGUAUCUGUGCAGACCGCCAUGAGUUAAUAAUACCACAGACCCACAAUAACUCGACUUUUCUCCCUUCUGUGUGUGGAAUUUGCAUCCCGUUUCAUCAGAGGCAGGAAGCAAGUCCCUGGGCCGUUUGGACAGUUCAUACAACCUCAUAUAUCACUCUUAGCUGCCAAACAUCUCAAAGCCCUUCCUCUUACAAAAAAUCUGUCGUUUAUGACUGAACAAGAUAGCUUCCAUUCAUAUAUGUGACUUUCUGUGUGCCGGGGAAAGCGAGGCUCCAGGAUGAUACUAACAGCAUCGUGGUCUUUUUUUGGUCAUUUCUUCACCCCCGUUGUGGCUGGGGUGUCGCUGGAGCUCUCGGUACAUCUGUUGGGGUGUCUUUCCCAAAUAACACACCAGUCGGAGGUAAAAGUCUAAA